UCAUCUCUUUAAGGAUGCCAAUAAAAAGUAUUUGAAAAAAUUUAUAGGCUAGUCAUAUUUUGUGUGUAAAUUUCCUCUUAUAGAUGAUAUAAAACAAACAAACAAAAAACACUAUGUCGAUUUGAAAUUCAGUAAUAAAUCAUACUCAGUUUCAAUAUGGCACUGAUCUAUCAAAUUAUUACAAUGAUAAGUCAAACCAUAACAGUCACCAUGCUAUUAGAAUGUUGUAGCUGUGGCAGAGUCUGCAUGGUAGUUACAGCUGCCAGUGAUGGCGUUUAAGGAUUGAAGCACAUGUUUUCCUUUGUCAUUAUCUGAAUUCCCCCUUGGUUCCCAAAUUGCAUAAUCCAGCUGGCCUGAAUUUGCUGAACCCGAGUGAUUGUACUUUUUAGAAUAUGCUUUGGCAAACAGACUCAUCCUGACACCCCAUCAAAACUCAUGUUGGCCUGAGUGGUUGCCAUGUCAGCUGAAGUUACUGCUGGGCUCCACAAGGCAAAGCUUGACUAGAGUGAAUUGAUUCACAGGGAUUAGAGAUUAAGACUCCCCCGGCCGCUUUGGUGGAGUAAAUCUGGGGAUUAUGAUGUCAACAGACUAUGGACUCUAGAGAGGAAAUUGAAUUGUGAGGAACGGGAGCAACGAUGGUGCAGGAUUACAGCAUAGUUAGUGAAAAAUCAGAGAUGAGAGUCUAUGUCUGUGCCUUUCUACUGCUCAGGAAAACCUCCAUGGGAAACCAUUUACCGCCUUUGGACAGUUAAAAUAGCAAACAUUUAUGAUGUUGAGUGAGGGUUAAGAAGAUUUCUAUCUCUGUUAAUCCUGCUCUGGUCUGGCCUUUGAAGCAUCAGGUGGUGAGUUCUGCUGAGUGCAACGGGAACUACUUUCAUUUAACGCACUGACAAGAAUAUCUGACAAAUUUUACAUCUGAAAUCCAAAUGAAGCAAGACAUCUAGUUUAAAGACAACUCCGGUUGUGACUGCUCCUCCUGCUCCUGCAGCAGCAGCAGCUAGUGUUACAUUCAAAGGACUCUCAAAAACCAAGAAGAUGAAGGUGAAGUGGGCCCAUCUGGGUUUGGUCUUCUUCCUUCUUCUGUCUCUGGUGAUGACAGGCUGUUUCCUUUGGCAAUAUCAGCUGCCAAAACUUAAGCUAGAUGAAGAAAUGGGUCGCAAUGCCAAAUCAGAGAGGAUGUGUCCCCGCUUCCCUGAAUCUCUCCCUUUGGAGCAUCCUAUUCCCAGUCUUAAAGAAGCAUUGGAAAAGGUGGAUGUUCUGUUUCGGCAAAGCAUCGACCCCAUCAGCCUUCCUGCUCUGUCUGCCAUUGUGAUCUUGAAUGAUACAGUUUUGUGGACUGGGAACUUUGGAAAGAGGAAUGCAAGUGAUCCUCUGUCAGGCCCACCCAGUGAAUACACUAUUUACAGAAUUGCCAGCCUAUCAAAAAUUUUCCCCACACUGAUGCUCUACAAACUGUGGGAGGAUGGAAAGAUCGUCUCCUUAGAUGACCCUCUGGAGAAAUAUGUCGAGAAUUUCACUAUAAAAAACCCCCUGGGAAAAACACGAGACUCUGAGUUAAAAUAUGUGACAGAUGGUCUCAUAUUUCUAGACAGUGGAGAGGUACAAAUUCGCUCCUCCUCUGUCACCCUGCGCAGGAUGGCAAGCCAGCUCUCAGGUCUCCCCAGGAGGCUCCGGGCUACCAAUUUACUCUGGAAAGGCAAAACACAAUCGGCAAUCAAUCUAUUACAAGAUGAUGUCCUUGUUGCUGAUCCAGGAACCAAGUGUCACUAUAGCAAUCUUGCAUUCUCUCUACUCGCUCAUGUGAUGUCUGAAAGAGUGGUCGGAGUUGAUUACCAGCGAUGGGUCACAGAAAACAUCCUGGAUCGAUUAGGAAUGGAAGAUACUAGUUUUGAGCUGACCCCUGGGUUGCAGAGCCAGUUUGCUGUGGGAGUUUAUUCAAAUGGAAAACCUGCACCUCUCUAUGAUCUGGGCUGGUAUCGGCCUUCCGGUCAGAUGUUCUCCACUCCUGCAGACAUGGCCAAACUCGCGAUGGUGCUUCUGGGUGCCUACCACCGUAAGCUGCUGGAGCCAGAUUCUCUGAAGAUCAUGUUGAACCCACUCUUCACGUGUGAUAAAGAUUACUUUGCAAACCGUACUGGGACACCUUGGGAAGUAAAUGACUUCAUGGGCUAUGAGAUGUUGAGGAAAGACGGUGAUCUGGAUGGCUACUCCGCAACAUUUUCCCUGGUUCCCAGACUGAAGCUCGGCUUAGUGAUCCUAAUGGCGGGUACCAGGCCACAGAAACAGGAUUCCGUCACAAAGGCCUACAGUUAUAUUGUUCCAGCAAUAGAGAAAGCCUUUAGAGAGGCCAAGAAGAUUCUUGUAGCUCCUCCAAAUCCAGACCCUUAUAUUGGAUUUUUCACAUACAGCAACAUCACUUUCUAUGAGAUCAAAGUCGGACCUGAAGGAGUUCUGAUCAUGCAGCAGUUUGGUCCUCAGAUUGAGGAACUGAUUCCAGAGAAGUACAGGACAAUAAAGCUUCACUACCUGGUUGAACGGGUUUUCAGAGUUGUGUUUGACAUAGAGUACCCUUGUGUUUUGAGAGUGGGCAAGGCUUCAGUCUCACUGGAAGCCCAAGAUGGCCAGCUGUUUAACUUCUACGUGUUUAAUAAGCAAGGCUUGUCCCCUGGCUUUGAUGCACCAGGGCUAAACACAUACAAUGUGGUAAGAAUAGCCCGCAGGCCAACCUUUACCAGCUGAGGAGCAUCUAGUGUCUUUUUGCCCCAACGACAAAGUGAUGCGAGAAAUAGAAGACUGAAAGACUCACCUGAAACAAGAGAGGACUCCAGCAGUAUCUGAUUGAAAAGAACUCUUGUAUGAGAACAGAAAACACAGACAUGUAGUUCGCACAGAAAAUAUUGGUUUUCUGCUGGGUAAUGUACAUGAAUGUUCUACUCUCACUGCUCCUAUAUCACACCUCUGAGCUAAACGUUAACACCGUGGCAAUUCAGCGCUUUUGCUAUUCCUGCUUUCAUUUAAACUGCUCUCGUGCUGUUGUGAUCUCUUCUGUUAACGUUUCUCUAAAAAGACAGCAGAACAACACUUCUUGUGGUCAGUCAAAUAACAAAUUUAUAUAUAUUCUUUAUUUUCAACCAAGAUUAUUAGUGAAUAGGAUAUUUGGCUCUUGAAUUUAAAGCUUUUAAGGGGCUUAUAACUAUCAUGCAUUUCCAUAUAUGUAUUUUUGGAACAGGUACAUUUUUCCACAUCUUUAGAGCUGCUUAUUUAAAGCUCCAAACACAGCUAAUGAAUUGAUGAAAUGAGGAUAUUGAGAUUAAUGUUUGUCUGCUAGUUGACAUUCAUGAGCUAGAAAGAAGCUUGGCAUAACAUCUGUAAAUGGAUGGGAACAUCUGCACCAUGAACUCUUUAAAGCUCAGCUUUUAACUAACUGUACAUUCAAUUGGAUAAUAAUAUGUUUAUGAAAAAAGAUGAAAUUUUGUGUCUUUUUUGUUUUAAAAAUGAAAUGUAAUAGCAGAGUAAAAGAGUUGAAAACAUGCACAUGCAUUUUCCCCAAAGACUGGAGGAGAUCAUUAAUUUAGCUGGCAACUCAUCACAUAUUUAUAUUGCCAACUAGUAACAGCUGCCAUCGUUUAAAUACGUUUUUCCAUUUUGCACAGUAAUUUCUUUCAAGUCAGUCAAUGAAUGUCAGGUUUACAUGUUUUUUGGGGUUUUUUUAAACCAUAAACUGACUUUAUAUAUUGUGCAGUACUCUCUGUUAAUGCUAAAAAACAACAUACAACAAACAAUACAACCUUAUUUAACAUUAGCAGAGAAAGUGCGUAGGACUGCAAGGGCUGCUGUCUGUCCCCUUGUGGUGGCUGUAACACAUAGCAACUUAAUUAAACAAAUUAGACAAAAAACAAUUUUACCAAAGCAAUAGAAAAGAACACAGUUUUUUAUGGAUAAAAGAGAACAGAAAUAAAAAACAUAACAGACAAAAUUAUGUUAACUCACUGUUUCUAUAAAGGCAAGGGUUAGCACUGCAGCACAGCAAAGUAGCUGUUCAAAAUAAUAUUUAGUAAUUGAUUCAAAUUCUGUUUUUGAUGUAUUCAUUAAUUUAUUCAUAUGUCAAUUUUAUUAGCCGAUCAUUAUUUUAGUGAGUGUCUUCGGUUUUCAGUGUGUGUUUUCUGUUGUUGCUGAGGACACCACUUUGUUUACUGUGAUGCUGGUUUAAAUUUGGGUCGGGUCAUGUACAUUUAGUUUAAAGACAGCAAACAUCAAUAUGUAUUAUGUAUUUUUCAAAUUUUGUUCUUGAAGAUAAAUAUUGCAGUGAUUUUAUAUGAUUAAGAUGAAAUCAAUAGCGCAGCAAGUGGGGAAAUGCCAGGCCUGCCUCCUGCCCCCACCUUGCAUGCAUAUACACACACACGUACACACACACACACACACACACACUUUUAACUACCUUGUGAUAGCCUAACGAAAAAGAAACUUAACAGUAACCUUGCACAACGACAGAAAAAACAUUGUGUUUUAUGUGGAGUCAGCAGUGUUAAAAAGAGGAAUUAAAUAAAAAAUAACAAAGAUGAAACAGGGUGUCAACUUAUUGUUCCUGCAAAAGCCAGCGUUGCUCCUGCAGCACAGUUAGCUGAUACAGAAAGUUAUUAAAGUCUUAAAAAAUCAUGUGUCAUUGGUUUGAAGUCAUUGUAUGGUUUAUAAUGCAUUAUGUUCUUCUGCCAUUUGCCAACCAUUCUGACCAAUCAUUGUUGUAGUUAGUCUGGUCUAUAGUUUCUAUGCUGCUAUUGCAUUAAUUUUGAUUUAAAUUUGGUGAUUAUUAGCUUCAAUAAAAAAGGGUCCUUAGUGAGCCAUACCUUGCCAGCAAUCAUAGGUCAACAAGGCUGUUAAAAAGGCUGUUAAAAAUUAAUUAGCAAUUAUCAGUUAGCAUUAAAUAGCCGUAUUCACUCAGAAUAUUUCAUCUGUGUAUUUCUUCUCUACAUCUGAAUUUUCUCACAGCCAUAGAAAUGCUGUAUUCUUGGCAACCUGGAUCAAAACUGAUUAUGGCUUUCAGAAACAAAUUCACAUUUUCACCUUAUUAUGAGUGACACUCUCCAAACAGCUCAAGUGAAAUAAUAUUUCAGCAAAUAAAGCCUGCUGCUAUAUCAUA